AGGGUCCUAUCUGCAUCAGUGUAUCAUUAGCAUCCCAAGCAGCCACUCAGCUCAAACAUGCACAGCGUUGUGAUCGCCCUCCUCGGCGUCGCCGCCCUGGCGUCCGUGUCGUCGGCGCAGCAGCAGCCGUCCUCCACGCCGGAACCCAUAGCCAUCGUGAAGCUGCUCAGCGACGUGCAGCCGGACGGCACCUUCUCGUACGAGUACGAGACGGCCAACGGCAUCAAGGCCGACGCCCGCGGCGCCCUCAACAACGCCGGCACCGAGAACGAGGCCCUCGUGCAGCAGGGGUCCUUCUCCUUCGUGGCCGACGACGGCGUCACCUACAGCGUCACGUGGGUCGCCGACGAGAACGGCUUCCAGCCCCAGGGCGCCCACCUGCCCACGCCGCCGCCCAUCCCCGAGGACAUCCUCAAGUCCCUGGAGUACAACGCCGCCCACCCCGAGGAGGAGGAGAAGAGCGAGAGGAGAUGAGCAGCAACUUUGUCUAGUCAUA